AAGUUAACCUCGUCAAAAUAUUUGCAACAGUUAAGUUGUAAUUGAGUAUGUCGUGGAUUUGUCUGGGUAAACUCACAACCACGAUUUUUGUGGCUUUAGUGGUGAUCAGUCGUAUAUCUAGAGAGCCAAACUCAGUAUUAGGAAUUUUGAUUCCCUGGAGGGAAUUGUAAACAGUAGCCUGUGGAGAUUGUGUUACAACAAAAAAAUUAGCAUCAAUUUGUAGAACUUAUGAUUCUGAUGGUCUUGUUUUCUUCUUGUGUUCAAUCGUUUCCCAUCGUGAUUUGAUUUUCUUUUGAAUAAUUAUGUGCUCUUCAGUUAACAUUUGUUCAAGGGUUUCCUUUGGGAAUUUGGAAAUUAUGCCAGAAGUAAGUGGACAGGAAGAAGGGGUUAACUUGGAGGACCCUGGCCAAGCCACACAGAUUUUUAUCAGGUUUUAUCGUGAGCAAUGGUCAACUCACAAUGUCUGUUGAAGUUACAAGUUCUUUAAACCAGGCUUCUGCUGUUGCAAUGUCACCAAUCACAAACUACCCUCAGUCACCUGGUGCUGGUGGAGCAGAGUCCUUUGGUUCUCGUUCUAAGAGGGCAGCAUCUCCACAGCGAGUCAGCAAUGGAUAUGCCUCUCCCAAAUCAAACUCAAUCUUGUCACCGAGAAAGUCAUCCAAGAGGUUCUUCCGAAGACCCACCCUUGAAAAGAAUCAGUCUUCUGACUGUUCAACACAAGGCAAUGAAAAGAAAAAGCAAUCAAAUUCUCAUCCACGAGUUGAAAUUAUUUACAAAGAUGCUUCAUCAGAAAAUGAAUCUGAUAAAGAGACAAUGGUAUCUUCUUUAAAGAAGGCAUUUGAAGCAGAUGGAACACAGUCAAGUUAUUCUGAGGAUGGAGCACCAUCAACUCUCUCUGAACAAUCUGCUUCUCAUUGUCUUGAUGUGAAUAUGAAUCGUAUAUCCACUGCUUCAGGAUCUAGUCACACUGAGAGGGUUGUCCAGGAAAUUGUUCUCACUGAGCAAGCUUAUGUUUCACAUUUACAAGAGAUCAUUGAGGGCUAUCUGGAGAAAAUGAGAAAUGAGAAAUCUCCCUUUUCAGAGCUGGAUAUUAAAGAUUUAUUUAUGAACAUAGAAGAAAUAUAUGAAUUUAAUAAGUCAUUUCUAGCUGAACUGGAAAUCUGUGGUGAUGAUCCAGUAGAAGUAGCAAAUCUAUUUGUCUCCAAGGAAACAGGCUUUGUAACAUAUACAGAAUACUGUACAAAUUACCCAAUUUCCAUGGAAGUACUAACAAAAUCCACACAGAAAAAAGAGACUGCCGAGUUUAUAAAGAAAAUUCAAGUUGAAUUGGGCCAUUCUCUUCCUCUUGGGUCAUACUUGUUGAAACCUGUACAAAGAAUUCUAAAAUAUCACCUUCUGCUGCAGGAUAUUCAAAAGCACUUUGACAAAGAAAAUGAUCCAGAAGGUUAUGAUGUGAUAUCAGAUGCCCUAUCCACCAUGACUGGAGUAGCUCACCACAUUAAUGAGAUGAAACGACAGCAUGAAGUAGCAGUACAUGUGCAGGAAAUUCAAAGUCAGAUGUGUGACUUCGAGGGUCCUGAUCUUACCACAUACGGUAGUCUAGUUUUAGAGGACACCUUUCGAAUGCAUGGGACCAGAACGGAUAGAUAUCUUUUUCUCUUUGAGCAAAUCCUUCUCAUCACAAAACGGAAAGAAAAUGGCUACUCUUGUAAAGCUACACUCAUGCUGUCGAACAUGAUGAUGUUGGAAUCAGUACCCAAGGAACCGCUAGCAUUCCAGAUAAUACGAUUUGAUAACCAGAAAAUAACCUACACGUUUUUGGCGAGGAACAAAGAUCAGAAACGUCAGUGGAUGUUAGAGUUGAAGAGACUGAUUGUCGAUAGUCUAUCUGCACAAGUUCCCACCAAGGCUAAAAAUCUCAUUCUUGGAAAGAAAAGUGUCGGGGAAACAAAAGAAUUAGAAACUCCAGAUACUGAAGGGAAGAAAAGAUCUUCAUCUAUCGACAGCAAAGUAAAUAGAGGGGCGCAACUUAAAGGGUCUUCUGGAUUUACAGGAAUGAAGCGGGAAAAAGUAAGCAUAAAAUCAGAUGACGAGAGCGAACCCAGAUCUCCAUCAGAAGCGUACUCAUCGGAUGAUGAUAAGAAACCUCUCCGAUCGCAUUCAUCCGUUAGUGACAGGGAAGAAAGCUUAGACGAAUGCGAAGAGCCGGUGGAGGAAAAGCGGCGGAACUCUGAUCACAGGGUUUCAACUCCAAUAAACGAAAGUAGUGAAGAUGAUGCAGAGGAAAAGGUUCUUAAUCAUGAAGCACCUGAAGCGCAGCCAAGAACAUACUCAGUACAAGACUCUCGAGGGGAAGUGGUAGGAACAACAGCUACUGAAGGAGUCGGCUUUGUGUCUCAGAUUAAGAAUGACCAACAAAGUGAGGCCGAGGUAACCAAUACAACGCGCGAAGGCUUUACCGCGUCAAGCGGAAUAAGGCAACGCUCCAGUAGCCUCUCCAGCUGCGAUUCUGUCAAAGAGGCACGUAACAGAAAGAGUGUGACUAGAAAUGGAUCUUUUAACAACAAGGCCUCUUGUGAAGUCGGUAGCUUUGCGCACGCGUCCUGUGAUAGCCCAAGCCAAAUCAGGCGGUCUUCAAGCGGCGUCCGACUAUUGGAAGCUCGUCGAAGCCUUGAAAAAUCUUCGUCUGCUCUAGACUUGCGUGACGUGGACGAAGACUCAGCGUCAGCGUUUAGCCAUGGCGACAUAGAGAAUUUCAUGGAGUAUUCCGCAAUACAGACUACUGUGAGAAAAGUAAGUCGAGCGUUCAGUGGCUCUUCUCCUCCACCCGACAAAACCUCCCCAAGCGAGAUCCAGAUGCGUACUGCGCAGACACGCUACUUUGUGGAAUCUCGAAAUGCCCCGGAUAAAGACUCUUCUGUCUCGAGCUCAGACUCCACACAACAAAACUUGGAAGAGCUACUUGCCUCUAUUGACCGCGACCUGGAUGAGACACGUCGUACAAUUUCUUGCGCACAACUGUUAGAAUCUGCUCUUCUUAUUAAGAAUGACGGCAGACCGCUGAACACUGAGACUGAGUUCACCAACAGUCUUACGCGUAAAAGGCGUCCUCGAAUUAUCGACUUUACAACUGAAAAGACUGAGCCCCAGUUGGAUAAAUCUAGGAGUUGUUUUUCUGACGAGCGGAAUGGAGAGAGAGAACAAUCUGAGCACGUAAAUUGUCUGCGAGGUGAAGCAUUCACGAACACUACAGUUUAUUCCGAACAGGAAAGAGAGUGUAACUCCUCAGGAGAAAAAAAUGGUAAAGACAAGCAAGAGUUGUCAAUUUCUAACGAGAUUGAACAAUCACAGGCUUUUGCUCUUUCUGCUGGUUCAGAACCACAGGGCGACCAAGUCGACGAACCUUCUCAAGCAGUGGAUCAAAACCAACCGCAAAAACGCGUUUUUGAACUGUUCGCCGAUAGUAAAAGCGAAAAGCCAUCAACAGCAAUCGAAGAGGACGUUUUCGAGGAAACUGCCACACACGUCAUUACGCCCAAAAAAUCUAGCUUGCCGAGUGUUCACAAGAUGGCGAGACAGUAUUCUCGGAAAGUCGCCGAGAAACAAACAGUAGAGAAUAUACGCACGCGUGCGCGAAAUAAAGUACGUGACAAGAUAGAUUCGAACACAGCGGUCAGUGAUACGAAAGACAAUACAGACCAUACUCCUAAGAUAAAAAUUGAAAAGGUAACAAAGGUUUCAUUCACUAGUACUCCGAUCGAAAGUUACAAGCUCGUAAGGCGUCGAAGAAGGCGUUCGGGAUCUUCUCGACAUCGCUCGGACGAUUUGCGGCGCCUGAGUUGGUCGGUCGAGAAAGUAAAACCAGAAUCGGAGGAACCGCGCAAGACGAGACCCAAAAGUGUGUACGAUAUGGAGGCCUUGGAGGCUACACUGACAGAAAAUAUGGAACAGAUCGAAGAGGGUCUGGAACCCAUGUUAAUCGAGGGAUUGGAAAAGGAUGAUGUGGUCGUUAGAGGACUAGUGCAGCACUUAGUUAAUAAGUUUAACUCUCACAAAUAGACACGUUCUGAUCAAAGAACUCUUAUAAGGUUGUCCAGUCCGAGAUAACAUCUUCUUGCAUAAACGUUACACGGUGAUUUUGAGUCCAUGUCCCAAAUCAUAGCCACGAACAAGAAGUAGAGUUUUUUCACGAAAAUGCUCAAGUGCUACUCUUGUUCUGAUAGUUAUUAUUGUUGGGUAUUUUUCCGUGCUAUUUAUGACGUCGAGAGCGUCUGGGAUUUGAAGGACACAUUCGAGAUAAUAACACGUUUGCGGAGUUAGAGGUUAAUCUGGUGUAAUGUUAUGAGUGGGAAAUGUUUAUUGUUAUUGCUAAUAAGGACAUUUUUUCUCACUAGUGGUACUUCAACUAGUGAGAAGUUGGCUAUAAACAGACCUCUCUAGACCUGUCUUUUACUUUCGAGAAAGUAAUGACUUCUGUUUGUCUCCUUUAAAGUUCUGCAAAGGAUUAGUAGUGAAAAUUUUUUUCUUUGUUUCGUAUUUCAAACAUGUUGCAGACAGUUGUUUCAAUGUAACAAAGUACAUUUGGGGUUAAUUAUCGUUCAGAGUUAUGGUCAAUGCUCUGAGAAGUUGUUUUUGUAUCCAGUUAACUUUGUCAUGAAACAAGUUCUAUGCGCUGUCACGUUGUGAAUAUAAUGUGCAAUGCUGGCGUUGCAGAGACAUUAUCGAUAUAGCUGUACAGUUUCGACAUGUAUCUAUUUAAUAUCGCCGUGCCAACCUAGUACCCAGGUUCGACUCUCUCAGAACGAAACACACAUGAGGAAGCACCUGGGAACAAGGCUGGAUCGUAAGUAAAGUGCAGAAAGUUUUUCCUACGUGAUCAAUAGCCAAAUUUGUAACUGAAGUGAAAGAAAGAAUGUGCAUUUAAGUUCAUCCCACUCAUAACUAGUUUACCAUUUGUUGAGCUACGAGAGAAAUUAUGAGGGAUUUACAAAUCUUUGCAUAUUCGAUUUGUAUUUUGAAAAAUCCUGACAAACUUUUACGUUGGUUUUGGGAAAAUACUUGAGUAGUUUAAAUACCUUCGCUGUAUAGUUAUAGUUAUUUAUUAGUGAGAACUUCUUAGUGAUAGCUUAAUGAUAGAUUAAUGAAUUAUGUCCGAAACAGUUUUGAUUCCGCUGUAAUCAGCUGGUGGAAAUGUUUUCUGUCCCUCUGAACUAUCCCCUUCUAAAGAAAAUAACUGUUUUUGUACAAAGCGUUUCUAAUAAUUUAAUCAUCUUCCAUUUCCAUGGUAUUUUAUUUGUAAAUUGCUCUGUUGAUGACGAUUUGUAAUAAAGCCAAAUUUACGAUUGUCA